AUGGGGAGCGGCACUAGCACGCCCAUUCGUGACUGCCUCGAUGCCGUCUGUGCAAACCGCCCCGACUGCGUCAGAUAUCCUGAUGACGGUCUCUUCAUCUCCUGGGCGAUACCCUUCAAUCUCGAGUUUCCAGUAGUCCCCGCGGCAGUUCUUCGACCUAGGAAUACUAUCGAUGUCUCGGGGGCGGUCAAAUGCGCAAAUGAAAACGGAUUCAAGGUUCAGGCCAGAUCUGGCGGUCACUCAUACGGGAACCUCAAAAACUUCACUAUGGACCGCUCGACGUGGCAAGCGUCAAUCGGCGGAGGGAUGCAUCUUGGAGAACUUGACGCGCAUCUUCAUACCAACGGUGGACGGGCCAUGGCUCACGGAACGUGUUCGAGUGUGGGCGUAGGGGGACAUUUCACAAUUGGCGGCCUCGGACCAAUCUCACGCCUGUGGGGAACCGCCCUCGAUCACUUAGUCGAAGUCGAAGUGGUAACAGCAGACGGAACCAUCCGUAUAGCGAGUGAGAAGGAGAAUACGGAUCUCUUCUGGGCGCUGCGCGGUGCUGGAGCCAACUUCGGUAUCGUCACCAAGUUCGUGGUGAAGACACAUCCGGAGCCCAACGGUAUUGUCGAAUACAGCUACAACUUUGCCUUUGGUACACCAGGAAACAUGUCGACUCUAUACAGGGAUUGGCAAGCGCUGGUUGCUGAUCCAACCCUCGAUCGACGGUUUGCGAGCCUCUUUGUCGUCCAACCGCUAGGCGUACUCAUCACAGGAACCUUCUUCGGGACUGACGCAGAGUAUCGCGAAUCUGGAAUCCCCGAUCGACUUCCAGGGGCUAAGGAUGGUGCCAUCUGGCUGACGAACUGGAUGGGUCAUCUUUUGCAUGAAGCAGAAAGAGUGGGAUGUGCAGCGAUGAGUCUGCCAACGGCGUUCUACACCAAAUCAUUGGCCUUGCGGAGGAAAGACAUACUAAACGAGACAGCUAUUAGCGACAUAUUCGCAUUCCUUGAGAACAAGAAAAGUCAAACGGCCCCCUUCGUCAUCCUUUUCAAUACCGAAGGCGGUGCAACGGCCGACACGGCAGGCAACGCGACCGCAUACCCACACCGGGACAAGAUAAUGAUGUACCAGUCCUACGGCGCCGGAGUGGGAAAAGUAUCGGACUCAACACGGAGUCUACUAGACGGCGUGCACGAGCGGAUCUUACGGGCGGCCCCGGGCCCCCGAUCCACGUACGCCGGGUACGUGGACGGGUGGAUGAACCGGACGGCGGCGCAGCAUCUCUACUGGGCGGACAACCUAGAGAGGCUGACGCAGGUAAAGAGGACGUGGGACCCGGAGGAUGUGUUUAGCAAUCCGCAAGGCGUGGAGCCGGCUGAUCAUGAGACGUGA